AUGGAUGGAGGAAGAGUGCCACCGAAGAAUCAAAUGUUCAGUUAUGCGAAAAAAUACAUUGAUGAAGUGAAGGAAGCAUUAAAAGAUGAACCUGAAAAAUAUCAAGAGUUUGUCGAUAUGUUGAAGUAUUUCACAAAGCAUCGGGAUGAUGAUGCUACUAUCUUUUCAAAGGUCGAUGAAAUCUUAAAAGAUCACCCUAAGCUGCUUCUUGCUUUUAAUUACUUCCUUCCUCGCGAGCCCGAGAGCAUCAUCCCUCCCGAGCCCGAGAGCAUCAUCCCUCCCGAGCCUGAGAGCAUCAUCCCUCCCGAGGCUGUGAGCAUCAUCCCUCCCGUGGCUGAGAGCAUCAUCCCUCCCGAGGCUGAGAGGAUCAUGCCUCUUAAAGCUGAGAGAACCAUUAAUCCAGAUGCUAAGAAAGGGUUAAACCAAUAUCAAACCAAGGUUGAUAGAAGAGUAUCGCGGAAGCCAACCGUAGAUGACGACGCACAUCCAUACAUUGCUUCUGUGAAAAAAGCGUUUAGUGAUGAACCUGGGAAAUAUGAGGAGUUUCUAAGGAUCUUGAGUGAUUAUAAACUCGGGAACGAUGUCACUAGUACCCUUGCAAGGAUGAAGGAACUCAUGAGAGAGCACAAGAAGAUGUAUCUUGAUUUCAAAUUCUUCCUUCCGGAUCAUGCUAAGACAACCAUCAAACUCAAGGUUAAGAACACCACCCCUCCUCCCGAGACUGACCAUCAUGGUGUUAAUAAGUCUUAUUGUAACAAAAGAAAACGUGUGGAGUCGUCUGAUGAUACUAGUUUUAUGGACAAGCUUAAGAUAAGGUUUCGGAGCCUUGAUACUCAUGUAGUUAACUCGUUUCGAAAGACGAUGAAAAAAUACGAAGAGGGAAAAAAGUCCAAAAGAAAGGUGUACAACAAGGUCUUGAACCUUCUUUACUAUCAUGAAGACUUGACGGAGGACUUUACCAGAUACUUCAAACGACAAAAAACCAUUUCGGAAUAG